CAGUGAAAAACCCUAGACUAAACCAAACAUUUCACUCUUCUUUUCUCUUCCCUUUCCGAUCUGAGUUUCUCAGGCGAAGAUUUUGUAUCACUCUAUUUUCCGGUGAAUCUCUCUCGUCCGCCCAAAUUUCAGUAGUUCGACUUGAUUAAUCGGAGGUAAAAAAAUGAAGCCGGUUAUAGGCACAGUGGUAUCGAACAAGAUGCAGAAAUCGGUGGUCGUCGCCGUCGAUAGGCUCUUCCACAACAAGCUCUACAACCGCUACGUCAAACGAACUUCCAAAUUCAUGGCUCACGACGACAAAGACGCCUGCAACAUCGGAGAUCGAGUGAAAUUGGAUCCGUCAAGGCCACUGAGCAAGAACAAGCAUUGGGUUGUUGCAGAAAUCAUCAAGAAAGCUCGAAUCUAUUCACCUCAGGCUGCUGCUGCUGCCGUUGCUGCUUCUGCUUCUGCUUCCUCGGCCUCCGUUGCUGACUCUUCUGCUCAGUCUCAGCAGAUUCCUCCAUCAUCCACUUCUUAAGAUUUGUUAGGAGCAACGUCCAUGGAGAAGGGAGAGAUGUCUAUGAGAGACAACAUAGGCACUGUACCGAUCGAUAUAUUUCAUCUUAGUUGAUGCUUUUGGAUCUUGUCUGUUAUAUUAGGUUUCCUGAGAUGAUUUUGAGUUAUAUUGAUGGUGAUAGAUAAUCUGGUGAAGGUUGAUCAAUAAACACUGUUAAGCAACUCUGUCUUCUUUUAUGUCAUUUUGGCAAAUUUAGUGCAUUGCUGAAUCAGCAAAAGUGUGAUAUAGUGAUGUUGUUAUGGAA